AUGAUAGAUGAUGAUGAUGAUGAUGAUGAUGAUGAUGAUGAUGAUGAUGAUGAUGAUGAUGAUGAUGAUGAUGAUGAUGAUGAUGAUGAUGAUGAUGAUGAUGAUGAUGAUGAUGAUGAUGAUGAUGAUGAUGAUGAUGAUGAUGAUGAUGAUGAUGAUGAUGAUGAUGAUGAUGAUGAUGAUGAUGAUGAUGAUGAUGAUGAUGAUGAUGAUGAUGAUGAUGAUGAUGAUGAUGAUGAUGAUGAUGAUGAUGAUGAUGAUGAUGAUGAUGAUGAUGAUGAUGAUGAUGAUGAUGAUGAUGAUGAUGAUGAUGAUGAUGAUGAUGAUGAGAUGAUGAUGAUGAUGAUGAUGAUGAUGAUGAUGAUGAUGAUGAUGAUGAUGAUGAUGAUGAUGAUGAUGAUGAUGAUGAUGAUGAUGAUGAUGAUGAUGAUGAUGAUGAUGAUGAUGAUGAUGAUGAUGAUGAUGAUGAUGAGAUGA